UGUUGGCUCUGAGCUCGGUGUCUCUGUUUACCAGCCGCUGGCUCACUUUGUUCGCUCCGAGACUCAAAGUGCGCAAAGAGGAGGAACAUGUGCGACGUGCAGCUGCUGCGGGUGUCAGUACAUGAGCGGAUCAGCGCUGCCGCUGAAGACUUUCUGCUGCAGCUGGAGAAAGGAGGAGAAACGGCUCAAGUCCCGGCGCUGAGAGCGCUGCUCACCGAGCGGCUAACGGCGGCGGCGGAGGAGAUCGACGCAGGGAUUGAGGAAACCGUGGCGGUGUACGAAGACAGAAUGGAGCGGUCAGAGCGGGAGAUCUGCCGCCAGAGGAGGCUGCUCGAUGCCGUGAUGAAGCCCGAACUCCGGCUGCACAGAGUUGUGUGUCCUGCAGACGUACAGCAGCUGAUGGUGAAUAAAGAAGAGGUUCCCCCUGAGCAGCAGCAGUGGAGCCCCCUUGUGGAGCAGGAGGACCCAGAGCCCCCCAACAUUAAAGAGGAACAGGAGGAACCGUGGACCAAUCAGGAGGGAGAGCAGCUUCAACAACUUGAGCAGGCUGAUAUCAAGUUCACAUUGACUGCUGUCACUGUGAAGAGUGAAGAAGAUGAAGAGAAACCUCAGUUGGCACAGCUUCAUCGGAAUCAGACUGAGGAGAACAGAGCGGACUGUGGAGAACAAGAACCAGCCAGGAACUCAGGUCCUGAUGGACAUUUACAACAAGGUACUGAGGACAAGACUGUAGACAGUGAAGAUGAUUGGAUGCAGACCAGGGGACCUCAGUCUGGUUUAAAUACAAAAAAUAACAAACAGCCUCUAAGUGAUAUGAAAUGUAAAACGGGUAAGAAAGCAUUUAGUUGCUCUGAGUGUGGUAAAACAUUUAGACAAAAGGGGGAUCUAACUGUACAUAUGAGGAUUCAUACAGGAGAGAAACCAUUUAGUUGCUCCGAGUGUGGUAAAAGAUUUAGCCAAAAGUGCAGUCUAACUUUACAUUUGAGGAGUCAUACAGGAGACAAACCGUUUAGUUGCUCCGAGUGUGGUAAAAGAUUUCGCCAAAAGGGCGGUCUAACUGAACAUAUGAGGAUUCAUACAGGAGAGAAACCGUUUAGUUGCGCCGAGUGUGGUAAAAGAUUUCGCCACAAGGGCAGUCUAACUUUACAUAUGAGGAGUCAUACAGGAGAGCAACCGUUAAGUUGCUCCGAGUGUGGUAAAAGAUUUGGUCAAAAGGGCGAUCUAACUGUACAUAUGAGGAUUCAUACAGGAGAGAAACCGUUUAGUUGCUCCGAGUGUGGUAAAAGACUUCGCCAAAAGUGCAGUCUAACUUUACAUAUGAGGAGUCAUACAGGAGAGAAACCGUUUAGUUGUUCAGAGUGUGAUAAAAGAUUUGGCCAAAAGGGCGAUCUAACCGUACAUAUGAGGAUUCAUACAGGAGAGAAACCAUUUAGUUGCUCCGAGUGUGGUAAAAGAUUCCGCCAAAAGUGCAGUCUAACUGAACAUAUGAGGAUUCAUACAGGAGAGAAACCGUUUAGUUGCUCUGAGUGUGGUCAAAGAUUUUGCCAAAAGGGCAAUCUAACUGCACAUAUGAGGAUUCAUACAGGAUAGAAACCGUUUUGUUGCUCUGACUGUGGUAAAACAUUUAUCUGAAAACACCUGCUGAAUAAACUUAAGAGAAGUCAUACAGGAGAGAAAGCAUUUAGUUGCUCCUAGUGUGGUAAAAUAUUUAGACUAAUAGGUAAUCUAACUGCAUAUGAGUAGUCAUACAGGGGAGAAUGAAUUGACUUGCUCUGUGUGGUUAAAUAUUUAAGUUGCAUCGUUUGCAAAAAAAGAUUUAUUAGGAUUUGUCCCCUAUUCAUAUUAUACGUAUUAAUAGUUCACUGUUGUAAAUAGAGAAUUUAGAAUCCCACCUUCACCUGUUUUUAUCAGAGUUAAACAAUUUCUAUAUCCCUAGAAAAAAUAACUCAUUGAAUAACAUGAAAGAUUUGUGUUGAUAUUUCUUGUUUCUACUGAUUUGAUUUAUGCCAUAUAUAUUACAUACCCAUAUAUACUUAAUGUAUUUUUCAUAAUGUCCUCCAUGUCUGGUAAAAAAUUCGCCCGAAAUUAACAGCUGAAUAUACAAAAGAGAAGUCAUACAGGAGAGAAACUAUUUAGUUGUUCCGAGUGCGGUAAAACAUUUAGAAAAAAGUACCAUCUAACUGUACAUGUAAGAAGUCAUACAGAAGAGAAACCAUUUGUUGCACUCAGUGCGGUG